AAGUUCGGAAAGGGAGCUGCCCCAGGCUGUGAUUGGAGGAAGCGGUGCCACGUGCACCCUCCCCUACUACACCAACUGCUGAGAUCUCGACUUGAAACAUUUAGCAAGUGACAUUGUGUCAUCUUGCAGUCCAGCGCUGAAAGAUUCUACGCACUCUCUGGCUGUUUGAAAUGGGAAGGAAGGAAAUGCUCUGAUGCAGACAAUUCCACACUGUGACCCCAGAUGAACUUUGAGGGAACUCUGGAAGGAGUCUGACUGGAAGCGCUGAGUGGACCAGGUUUGUACAGGACCAAGAAGCCAAACAUUGACUGCAGGCUCGACUCUGUUUUGGACAGGUGAGGUGGAUUGGAUACCAUAUUUGUGACUUUGGACCUAGGUUGUGAGGCGGAGGGUCACGAUGGCAGUGAGCGGGUUUGACAUUGACGUGCCAAGGUGGGAUCAGUCCACGUUUAUGGGAAGAUUGAAGCACUUUGCCAACAUCACAGACUGGAGGACAGCACUACUGCCGGACUCACGACUGGAUGAGGCUAAAGCACUGGUGGAGAGCUGCAGAGCAGGGACCGUUCCCCCCGGUACCACAGAGGAACAGCUGCACUACGCCAAGAAGCUCUAUGACUCUGCCUUUCACCCUGACACUGGCGAUCGCAUGAAUCUGAUUGGUCGAAUGUCCUUCCAGGUGCCCGGAGGGAUGGCUAUAACGGGCGGUAUGCUACAGUUCUACAGGACAGUCCCUGCUGUAGUGUUCUGGCAGUGGGUGAAUCAGUCGUUUAAUGCUCUGGUCAACUACACCAACAGAAAUGCUGCUUCCCCCAUCACACCCAAUCAAAUCGGAGUAGCCUAUUUAACAGCAACUAGCACUGCUCUAGCCACUGCUGUGGGACUUAACUUCUACACAAAGAGGGCCCCUCCGCUGGUGGCGCGCUGGGUUCCGUUUGCAGCCGUGGCGUCCGCUAACUGUGUCAAUAUUCCAAUGAUGAGGCAACAGGAGCUCCUGAAUGGCAUAGCUGUAACAGAUGAGAAUGGAAACAAACUUGGCCAUUCCAAGAAAGCAGCUGUGAAGGGCAUCACCCAGGUGGUCAUUUCCCGAAUUACCAUGGCAGCACCGGGCAUGAUCAUUCUCCCCGUCAUCAUGCAGAGACUUGAGAAAUUCAAGUUUAUGCAGAGGAUCACCUUCUUCCACGGACCUUUACAAGUCAUAAUGGUGGGAGCGUUCCUGGUCUUCAUGGUGCCUGCAGCCUGCUCCCUGUUCCCUCAGCAAUGCUCCAUGGCUGUGUCUAAGCUGGAGCCAGAGCUAAGGGAGUCCAUCUUGUGUCAUUACGGGAACAGUGUACAAUACGUCUACUUCAACAAGGGCCUAUGAACACGCGCACAUCUGCCUUAAUAAUUGUCCAAUCAGGGAGAGCAUCUGAAAGUUUUUAUAGAUGAGCCAAUCAGCAUCUUCGGUUCAUAGGAUAAAUAGCUUUCUCCUUGUUUGUCUUUAUUUUCAAAGAAUCUUUGUAAUUCUAAGGGAGAUGUUCAAAUGUGUUUGAAUUCUCUUUUUGUACCACAAACCACCUUUUUAUGCGAGUAAAGUACAUGUUGGAUAAAAAAAAUGUCACAAGGCCUGAUGGAAUCAGCAGAUUUGUCUGUAAACUUUUGAAAUGUUGACAAAACAAAAUGCACUUGACAAAGUGGGA